AUGAUAUAUUGGAUGGCUGAGAAGGAUACCAAAGAAGAAAUAUUAAAAGCAUUUCGCCUUUUCGAUGAUGAUGACACCGGGGCAAUUUCGUUUAAGAACUUAAAGCGCGUUGCACGCGAAUUAGGCGAAACGCUGACCGAUGAGGAGUUGCGGGAAAUGAUUGAUGAAGCUGAUCUGGAUCAUGAUGGUGAUGUGAAUCAGGAUGAGUUUUUGCGUAUAAUGAAAAAGACUAGUUUAUAUUAAUCACGAUUUCGUCGAAGACAGGUUGUGGUAUGGCACUAAGUGCUAUGCGCCUGAUUUUGUAGGCGGAAGGCUUCUCGCUACAUAUUUUUACAAUUCUAUAAAAUAUUCAGUUUCUAUAAUUCUAUGAAAGCUAUGUUUAGUCUUUAAUAUUCUAUUAUAUGUACUAGUGUGGAUUAUAGCCACACAGAUUAUGCCUUUUUCUUAUAACGAUAUUAGUUUU